UGGAUUGAAGGCAGACACUGAGCUGAGCACCCGCUGAGCAUAUCAACAGCAAGAGAUAAGCAAGACGCUGCAAGACAAACUACUGUCACCAUGAAGGCUGCACUCGCCACCAUCGCUGUCCUCGUCCUGGCUCUCGGCUUGACUUCUGAGGCUGUGCAGGUUGAAGAGAAUGGACUCUCUUUCUCCCUGGAAGGCGUCAAGAGGCUUCAGGAGCUGACAGAGGAUGGCGUUGCGACAGCACAACAAAACCCACGAUUCAGGGCAAACACUAUGUCCCUCUGUGCUGACCCCAUGCUCCCGCAGGAGUUCCUGCCCCUCUGCAAGCAGAGAGGAGGAUCUGCAUCCCUCUCCAGACUAGCUAUGGUUCCAAUGGAUGUCUGUGAGAUCUGCGCCUUUGCCGCCUGCACUGGCUGCUAAACAAACCCAGCAAGCCAGAAUCAUCAUCUCGCCAAGCUUAAAACUUGUGAUUUUUUUUUCCUCCCCCUCAAAACUAUUUCAGGGAGUUUCAAAAAUGUCUGAGACUUUAUGUUCCCUGAAUACAUCCAUUCGGCACUUUAUACACAUUUAAUCACCGUUAGACAAAAAAAGCCCCCAAAAAAGAAAAAUAAUCAGAUUAAAUGAGGUAUAUUUUUAAACGAACUGUUACUUUUUAGCAUAUUUACUACUUUAUUUUUUGUAACAGUUACUUAUCAUGGAUUUUAUUUUUGGGAUUUAUGUUGUUUGUUA